AUGUCAGGAGAACCGUCCAUCGGCACCAAUUCUAGUAUGGGUAUUCAGCUACAAAAUGAUAAUUUAGUAAUGACUUCUAUACAGCAAAGCGAAAUAGCAAUUUCAACUAAUUCGUUCAAUGAUCCACCACCAUCUUUUGCCGAGUCUCAGAGGCAGAAAUAUCUUGAACAAAAUGCUCAAAAUACUGCAAGGAUUCAUCACAUACAAAUUCCAGAAACUCCAAUUAAUGAAUCGAUUUGGGGUUCAACCUAUUAUAUCGAUCUUCCAAUAAAUUCUCCUGAACCUUUAAAAUCAAUCCCCAUUUUACUCGGUCAAUGGCGUGCUACUAGUAUAUCCGGAAAUGAUAUUGUUGCGUCAGUUCUUUAUACUAUUGGAAUAUGUACGGUUGUGGCCGGAAAAUACGCUCCCUUAUCAUUAUUGAUCAUUUCGAUUAUCCUUUAUCCAUACAAAAAUAUUAUAAACGAAGUUGGUACCGCCUUACCUUUAAAUGGUGGCUCUUAUAAUGUCCUCUUAAAUACUUCUUCAAAAUGGUUUGCAUCUGUUGCUGCUGCUUUAGAGUUAUUAGAUUAUGUGACAACAGCUGUUGUUAGUGCUGCAACUGCUGCAUCUUACCUCUCCGGCGCUUUGAAUUUGUCUAAUACUGUCAUGUUUUGGCUUACUAUUGGUUUUAUAGUAUUAUUUGCUGGCAUUGUAAUGUUAGGUCUUCGGGAAUCUUCUAAUGUCGCUUUUGUAAUCUUCAUUUUUCACUGUUUGACAUUAAUCUUAUUGAUAAUUACAUGUCUGGUCCGGUGGAUCAUUCAAGGGAAUAGUAUACUGAUUGAGAACUGGAAAGAUCCAGGUUCUGGAAAUCCAUUACUUGAUAUUUUUAAUGGUAUAUGUGUAGGACUUUUAGGGAUCACUGGCUUUGAAACUUCUUGUAAUUAUAUAGAAGAUCAAAAACCUGGUGUCUUUCCAAAGACAAUUCGAAAUAUGUGGGUGUUGGCUUUUAUAUUUAAUGCUCCCAUUUCAUUCUUAGCAAUCACGAUAAUGCCCUUAUCAACUUUCAAAGAACAUCAAAAUGAUAUAAUUUCUACUUUGGGUGGCUAUGCUGCUGGUGAUUGGUUGAAAAUUUUUAUCACCGUCGAUGCAGUUAUCGUAUUAGGUGCCGGCGUGUUGACUGGGUUUGUUGGUGUCUCGGGAUUGAUUCAUAGGAUGGCCUCCGAUCAUCUAUUACCACAAUUCUUGUUAAAUAGAAAUCGGCUUACCAAUACUUAUCAUUGGAUUAUUUUAAGCUUUCUUAUCUUUUGUAUAACUUUGUUCACGAUAGUUGGAGGCGAUGUAACGUCAUUAUCAGGUGUAUUUGCCGUAUCAUUUCUCAGCGUACUAUGCAUGUUUGCAGUUGGGAAUAUUUUUCUCAAAUACAAACGUGGAAGAUUAUAUCGACCAAUUCGUGUAUCUACUGGAACCGCAGUUUUUGGAUUGGCAUGUAUCCUUGCUGGACUAAUAGGAAAUAUAAUUUAUGACCCAGCCAUUGCAGGAUACUUUGCAAUAUACUUUGGAAUUAUAUUUACCAUCAUGAUGAUUAUGUUGAACAGAGUUUGGCUUUUAAAAACAAUUUUCUUCUACUUGGAUAAGACCGUAACGUUGCAUAAAUACAAAUUAGAUGAAGUGCUUAUAAGAUCAAUCAAAAAAUUGAAGCUACAACCCGUCGUAUUUUUUACAAAAACUGAUGAACUUCAUAUUCUCAAUAAAGCCAUUCUAUAUGUCAAAAAUUCGGAAUCUAGCAGCUAUUUGAAAUUGAUUCAUAUUUAUGAAAAAAUCGAAGAUGUAAGUAUGGCGAUUGAGAACUUAUAUCCAAAAAUACAAAUUGAUUUGAUUUUAAUUCAAGGAGAGUUUAAUCCUAAAACUGUGGAUUGUAUUUCGAAGCAUUUACGAAUUCCAAAGUCUCUUAUGUUUAUCUCAUGCCCUGGUAGCGAGUUUCCUUAUAGGAUUGGCGAGUUUGGUGGUGUGAGGACUAUAAUGUUGUAA